UUUUUUUUCUUUAUGCAAAGAACCUCAAAAAAAGCUUGUUGCGUUCCAAAUACUUUGCUUACACAAGACACAAACACCUGCACUUAGCCUGUACUAGAGGAAUGUGUUAACUGUUUUCAUCUUCUCCAUUGCCAGGUCUUAUACAAUGUCCACACAGUACUCCACAGUCCAGCGGCUCGACGACACCCUCAGCCUGCGGACGGAGGACGGGUGGCCCUCGAAUAAGCGCCGGUAUGUGCGCCAGGACGGCACCUGCAACAUGGUGUUCCGGCAUAUCCCCGAGGAGUGGUUGCACUACGUGACGGACAUCUUCACCACGCUCAUUGAGACCCGCUGGCGCAUCAUGCUGCUCAUCUUCGCCCUUUCCUACAUCCUGUCGUGGCUCCUGUUUGGCAUCCUCUUUUGGGUCAUCGCCCUGGCGCAUAACGACGUCAAGGACCACUACAACGCGCCCUGCAUGGACGGGGUGCGCAGCUUCACGGCGGCCUUCCUGUUCUCGCUCGAGACGCAGACGACCAUCGGCUAUGGCUCGCGCGGCAUGACGGAGAACUGCAUGGAAGCCAUUGUGCUGGUGACCAUCCAGGACGUCAUCAGCGUCUUCAUCGACACCUUCGUCAUAGGCAUCGCCGUGGCCAAGAUGGCGUCGGCGCGCAAGCGAGCGCAGACGAUUGGCUUCACCCACUGUGCGGUGAUCAACCUGCGCAACGGGGACCUCUGUCUGUCGUGGCGCGUGGGCGACCUCCGCCACAACCACAUGGUAGAGGGCACGGCUCACGCGCAGAUCGUCCGCCACACUGUGCACACCACCGGGAAAGUGGACGUGUCCUACAGGGACCUGCAAAUCCACGAGAAGGACAUUCUCCUGGCCAUCCCCACCAUCGUCUUGCACAAGAUCGGCCCCAGCAGCCCCCUCUACCGCAUGAGCCUUCGGGACCUGCGCAAGGAGGCCUUCGAGCUGGUGGUGUCCUUCACCUACACGGACGACUCCACGGGCAUCCUGCACCAGACCCGCACCUCCUUCACGCCCAACGAGAUCCUGUGGGGCCACGUCUUCCAGGAGAUGCUCAGGGUCACCAGGAAGAACUACAAGGUGGAUUACGCCCUGUUCAACCACACUGGCAAGGUGCACGUGCCGGAGGUCAGUGCUGAGGAGUACCACCGUACCAAGGUCUCCCCGUGGCUAAGGCACUCUCCCCGACUGAGUCCCCGAGUGAGUCCCCGACUGAGCCCCCGACUGAGUCCCCGACUGAUCAAACCGCCCACGGUGACAGUGGAACUGGUGACCGGGAAUGAGAUAGAGAAAGACACGAUAGACAACUGUAACACACUCAAGAUUGGAUAAUAACAGUGGAAGAGUUUGUUUGGAAAAACAAAUAUAUCCAUUUUUAUGAAUUUUCAUAAAUCAUAUUUAUGUAUU